AACCUACAGACGGGAACGGUCCACGGGCCACGGCCGUCGUCGGCAUCCUCCUCGCCGUCUUCUCCCCCGCCGCCCUCGCCCCGCCCGCUCCUCCGCCACCUCUCGUGCAACCCCCCUUCCAUCCAUCCCGAAAGCCUUCACCCCCCCCCCCCCCUGUUCUUCUGCGUCUCCCUAGACCCCGCCUCCGUCGCAGCAGCUCCCCCGCUGUGCUAGGACAUUACGAUGGAGGACACGGAGGCCAAGAACACCACCACCACCGCCCCCACCUUCGCCUCCCCUCUCUUCUCCUUCUCCAGCUCCGGCGGCGCUUCCUUGGGCUUCGGGUUCGACUCUGGCCCUCCCCCGCCGCCUCCGCCGCCGGCCGUCGAGGUCCUGCUUUCCGAGGAAUCGCCCGUCGCGACCGCCAGCUUGGAGCCGGUGGUGGUCGAUGAUUCCCUGUCUAUCUACAAGGGGAGAGUGAGUACAUCUGAUGUUUUUGAGGUCAAGAACUCUGAUUUGGUCCCAGGAAAAUAUGAAGGUGGGUUGAAGCUGUGGGAAGGUUCAUUGGACUUGGUGAAGACCCUAAAUUCUGACAUAAAAAACGAUAGAUUGCUUCUAGAAAGCAAGCACGUAUUAGAGCUUGGAUGUGGACAUGGCCUCCCUGGCAUCUUUGCAGGUCUUAAGGGUGCUGGCCUGAUUCAUUUCCAAGAUUUCAAUGCUGAGGUGCUUAAGUGCCUCACCAUACCAAAUGUAAAAGUGAAUCUUUUCAAGGAGUCAUCUGAAGGAACAUGUACAUCUAGUAGUGUUGGUUUCUUUGCUGGUGAUUGGAGUGAAAUGGAUAAGCUGCUUCUUUGCGGGGCUGCUGAGCAAGACAAAACAACCAGUGGUAAAAUAGAAGAUAAAACAUAUCAUGGCUAUGAUAUCAUCCUGAUGGCUGAGACUGUCUAUGCCUUGUCUUCUCUUCCAAAUCUCUACAGGCUCAUCAAGAAGUGCUUGCACUACCCUGGGGGUGUGAUUUACAUGGCAGGGAAGAAGCAUUACUUUGGAGUAGGUGGUGGUACAAGGCAGUUUCUACGCUUGGUUGAAGAAGAUGGCGCCAUGCAACCUGAGCUGCUGAAUGAUGUUACUGAUGGAUCAUCCAAUGUUAGGGAGGUUUGGAAAUUCUCAUUCAAAUAGAUUAGAACUGCCCUUGUGAUUGUUGGAGAAGCUAAAAACAUGUGUUGGACUCCAUAUUGGUAGAGAGGUAAGUCUUAGUUUAGGUGUUGCUUGACUCUGCUAAUGUACCUGUGACUGUUUCGCAAGUUGAUCUUUUCUUUUGGAGUCUUGAAGACUCAAAAAGCGCUUUACAUCCAGAUUACAUUUUCUAAA